GUUUUUAAAGCCAAGCCAACACCGCAUUACCUAACCAUUUAUUCCCCACAAUGCUCCCUUCCAAAUGCUACUUCCCAAUUGCAUUUGGACUCUAUCUCUCACGCUUAUCCUCCGUCAGGAAAGUACUUUUCCCUACAUAUCCACCAACCCAACCCUGUCUAGACUAGCCUCAAUACUCUUCUUCUUGGAUUUUGCUGCACAGCAGCCGAUUCUCCUUUAUAUUACAUCACCCAGAAUCAUUUGGGAUGGCAACAAAGAUGUAUACAUUAAUGUUGAACAGGAAAUCACUUGACUAUCUCCUAUAAAUACACCUGUAUACCCCUUAAAAGCACCAACCACUUUCACAAAGGAAAAAGGCUUUUCCUAUAAUGGGUAGGCAAGGUGGUGAUCCUACUAUGGUUAGUUCCUCAAUUGCCCUUCUGCAAGAAAGGUUUAGACAGCUGCAGAAGGUUAGAGAAAAGAGAGAGAAGAAAGAGCUUCUGAAACUAUUCUCUGAAUCCGGCCGAGCCAGCCCCACCAUGCGCUAUGAGCCCAACAGAAUGUCCUUCCAACCUGAGGUGAUUCUACCUUAUAGGCCACCCCAUCAGGAGUCAUUCUCUCUUGGACUGAAUUCGCAUAGCAGGCAAACCGAUUUCAGAGCUAUGGCAAUCCCAACAGCAACAAGCUUAUGGCCUAAUAGUGCAGCCACUUCAAGCACUUCUAAAAAUUUGGAGAAUUCUGAUGUUGAUACUUCUCUUCAUCUGUAGAGGAAUCUUACUCUUAUGUGUUUCAUAUAUAGCUCUUUGUUAACCUACUCUCUUUCGUCCUUUUUUUCUCUUUUUUUGGUCUGUAAGAAUGGAAGAGUAAUAGAACUAUAUAUUUACUGAUAAUAUAUAUCGCUCGGAGCUUUACAGAUUGUUCAUGGAAUCAGAAAGACCGCAUUCUGUUCUCUCUUAACUCUUGUAAUUUCAUUCAUUUUUCCCACACAUGUAUGGGGUCUGAUCAAAUCUCUGUAUUCAUAACUAUGGCGACAAAAUUUAGCCAUCUUCUUCAUCUGUCAUUCAUUGAUCAUCAACAAUUAACUGAUACUCGA